GCCCUCCCGCGCUCCGGUCGCGGCCACAGGAAGGCAGAGGACUGGCCACACUCGCAUGUGAGUUUCGGCCCUCCGAGGAGCCGCUGAGGACGCAGAGCCAUCGCCAUGGAGUUCGUGAUGAAACAGGCCCUGGGAGGGGCCACCAAGGACAUGGGCAAGAUGCUUGGGGGCGAUGAGGAGAAGGACCCUGACGCCGCCAAGAAGGAGGAGGAGCGGCAGGAGGCUUUGCGGCAAGAGGAGGAGGAGCGCAAGGCCAAGUACGCCAAGAUGGAGGCGGAGCGCGAGGCCAUGCGGCAGGGCAUCCGCGACAAGUACGGCAUCAAGAAGAAGGAGGAGCGCGAGGCCGAGGCCCAGGCCGCCCUGGAGGCCAACUCGGAGGGCAGCCUGACGAGGCCCAAGAAGGCCAUCCCGCCGGGCUGCGGGGACGCGGCGGAGGAGGAGGACGAGAGCAUCCUGGACACGGUCAUCAAGUACCUGCCCGGGCCGCUGCAGGACAUUUUCAAGAAGUAGCGCCAGGGCUGAACAGCAGCCCGCCCCGCGCCCACCCCGGUCCCGCCCUCCGCGAGGCCCCCGAAGAGCCGCCGGGAGCAGAGCGCAGCCCCCCCACGCCGAUAUAAGCCAUAGCCCUAGGUCCAUCCGCCCCGUUGCCCCCUCGCGCCUUGGGAGCCUCCGCCCACCUCGCAGCCCACCCGCUCCCAGAACCGCCCCCGCCACCGAGGGGGGCGCGUCCGGCCCCCCACGGCCGCUGCCUUCUGUGCCGGAGACCUGGGGGGGGGGGGGUGGGCGGGGGCAGCCCCUUGCUCUUCCCGCAGGCAGCGGCUGGACUGGACUCGCCCCCAGACCCCGGGAAGCCCUUCUCGCUCCGCCCCUCACCGCCUACCCAGCAGGGCCCACGGCCAGGGCCACCGAAAGGGUCCACGUUGGUGGACGCCUGUCGGGCCCAACUCAGGAGCACAGCCAUAGUAGGGGAACCAGGAGGCGGUCCGGAGCCUGAGGGCCGAGCGCUGCGCGCCGGCCGGAGUGUGUGGCCCCAAAGACCAGCCCCGACCCUCAGCCGCCUCAGCCCUGCAGGCCCUCGAAGGGGCAUCCCAGCCGCCAGCCCAGUGGGCUCCCCCAAGCGGCUGUGGGCCUCCCAGCGCUCCCCAGCCCCUUGUUUAAUUUGCAUCACAAUAUGUUGAAUCUCAGGUAAAUGAGGUCUUCUGUCUGGGAGGAGUUUUAUCUUGACAGAAAGCUUAUCACCUGGGUCCGCAGGGCCCUUUCUGUUCACAUAAAUUUUCAUCCUGUCCAGCGUCGCGGGCCAGGGGCGCGGCCCUCCCCCGCUCCUUAGAGAAGCCAUAUGACUAGACGGCAAUACUGACCCCUGGCGCCCUUUGUCCCCCGCCGUCCACCCUGCGCCUGGACCCCUCCGGGUUCCUUGUCUUUUUUUAAUGCCUGUUUCCACACUUUAAAAAGCCAGCUCUGAGCAGACCAGGAGUCGUCUGGUAGAAACCCGCAUCCCAUCCUCAGCGCGUGGGGCGCCCCAGUGCCGAACCUAGUGUAGACGUGGACGUCCUCUGUCCGUCUGUCCCGACGCCUGCGCCUCCUCCUGCAUGUCGGGGCCGCUGCCUGUGUUCUCUCCGGAUGGAAUCACAGCCAAUAAACUCCACAGUGAU